ACUCCGUUCAGUUACUAUGUUUUCUUGUCAGUGUCAUAGCAGUCAUUGAAUUUUAUUCUUACUAUCAGCUCGUAUACAAUAAUGCACAGCAUCUCUUCGAUUUUCUGUUCAAGAACAAUUUACAAACAAGGCUUAACAGCUGUUACGUUCCAGAGACGACAUUUUGCUCAAUCUAUCGUUGCAAAAGGCCAUGACAAUCCUCUGGGUCUGCCUAAGCUCACUGGUUCACCUCCACACAGUCCGCGCGGCCCAGCACCUCAGAUUCCACGCAGAGGCCAACCAAUUCCUAAGAGACCCAUCCCCAACGUUAAAAAAGUAAUAGCUGUGGCUAGUGGGAAAGGUGGGGUUGGAAAGAGCACGGUUGCUGUCAAUCUAGCAUUCGCUCUCGCCCUUCUCCGUUCUCCUUCCAAUCUUAAUACUGUGCGGCCCCGCAUUGGUAUUCUUGACCUGGAUAUAUUUGGGCCUUCCGUACCUACGCUUAUGGGUCUCCAGAAUAGUGAAGAGCCGGAACUGACCGACUCUGCAAAAAUUAGACCGAUAGUCAAUCAUGGACUUCCAACCAUGUCCAUGGGUUAUCUUCUCCCAAAAUUAGGGAACGCGGACGGAAACACGGAUACAGCAGUCGUAUGGCGCGGGUUAAUGGUGCAAAAAGCAGUACAACAACUUUUGUUCGAUGUUGACUGGAGGUCUGGGGAUGGUGGGCAAAGUGCGGGGGCUGGGUUAGACGUUUUGGUUGUUGAUAUGCCUCCUGGCACGGGCGAUGUUCCCCUCACAUUGGGUCAGCUUGUCAAUGUGGAUGGUGCCGUUAUCGUCUCCACGCCGCAAGACGUUGCGUUGAGCGAUGUUAGGAAGGGAAUUGUUAUGUUUCGAAAAGUCGGCGUACCUAUAACGGGCCUUUUACUCAACCAAUCUCACUUUUUAUGUCCCUCCUGCUCGACCCCCCAUUACCUCUUUGGAUCCCCCGAUUCCUUCCGCGCGACUGCGAAAAGGUUGGAGGUAGAUAUCCUGGGUGAACUACCGCUUGUUAGGGGGGUCAGCACAGGUGGCGACAGUGGAAUCCCUUACUCGUUAGUGUCUAGUCGAAAAGCCGAGAGUGAGGAUGCAGAGGGAGGAGAAGAAUGGAGGAGAGUCAUGGAUGAUACUGCUGCUAGGGUAUGGGGAGAACUGUUCAAAGUGUGAAGUUUUAGUCUGCGACAGUAAUGUCUACCCUUAUAUGCUACUAUUAGUAUGUUGACAUCCAUUUUAAUUCUUGUUUCUGGAACAUU